UAAAGCACUGCAAAAGCCUAUAGCCGUUUUCCUGUCCUCCGUUCUCCGGCAACCGCAGAACUGCAAUGGCGGAGCUACAUGCCGUUGAUGCGAAUUGUAUCGAAAACUCCGACCAAGUAAACGUCAAUCAAUCGCUGAGAUUCUGUUCUUCUUCCGCUCUGGACACCGCCGGAAGCUCCAGAGCUGAAAUCAACGAAGAAGAAGAAGAGUUGAGGAGACUUCUGGUGCCGAGGAUUGAGGACCUUCCUUCUGUGCCUCCGUCCGCCGUUGAAUCCAACUUCGUCACCUACUAUGCUCCAGAUUUUAUAAAGCCAGGACACGAUCAAUAUGUCCGUCGUCACGCCAAUGGUUUGUGCGUAAUUGGGAUAGCUUCAAGUCAUGUUGCCUUUAAGGAUGAAGGUGGAAUUACGGCGGUGGAUUUUAAUGUGGGGAAGUCUGAUCGCAGUGGGAUUAAAGUCACCGGAAAACGGAAGAAGAAUGCACAGCAUUUUGAGUCCAAUACAGCGCUCUGUAAAGUGUGUGCAAAGGAUAAUUCAUAUAUAGUGAGAUGCUGUGUGAAAGGCUCUCUAUUGGAAGUCAAUGAAAGAUUGAUUGAACGCCCAGAAUUGCUGAUAUCAUCGGCAGAACGGGAGGGAUAUAUCGCGAUCAUAAUGCCCAAGCCGGCCGACUGGCUCAAGAUCAAAGCUUCCUUGCUGGGAAAAGAAGAUUACUGUAAGUUGAGAACAGCUUGCUGAUUCCCUGCAAUAGACACUUUAGUUUCUCUAUAGAGUAAUGUGUUUUCAACAUUAAACUAAUCUCAUUGAUGUUUUGGGAAUUUUGGGAUUUUUUUUUUUUUUUUUGAGUCUAUUGAAUAGUUUUAGUUUAUAGGCUUUUAUAACUGAAAAAGGAUUAGAUAUCUCGAGGAUACCAUGUUAUUACGUUAUGUACCAUUCAUAAUUUGACGUUUGUUUUCUAUU